AUGGAAGGGAAUGGAAGUAACAUGUCGGUCGUGCUCAGAUUCGGGCGUGUGGAGGACACCGUGGGUUACAUCCUGGCUAUGCAGCUCAUCACCUGGGGUUUCCCAGUCAUCAUCUGUGUUGGUACUAUUGGCAAUGUGCUCAGUUUCAUCAUCAUGAUGCGUCGGGAGAUGCGACAGACCCCAACGUUUUUUUAUUUGGCUGCCCUUGCUGUGGCUGACACUGUAGUGUUGUACCUAAGUGCCCUGAAGACCUGGAUUAGAAUCAUCACAGGGUUUGAAUUGCUCCACAUAAGCAAUGCCGCAUGUAAGACAUUCAUAUUCACAAUCCAAUUUUCUUUGCAUUUUUCAGCAUGGCUCAUUGUGGCCGUGACUAUUGAAAGGUUUCUUGCAGUCUGGUUUCCACUACGGGCCAAUAGAAUGUGCAGCCUCUCACGUGCUAAGUUUGUCACAUUUAUGAUAGCUCUGGCAUUCGUACUGGUGAAUGUCUAUCUGUUUUGGACCGCAGAACUUCUACUUGAUCCAUCACGACCACAAGGAUCUCAAGCUAUAUGUGCUGCCUAUGCCUAUGAGAACUUUGUGUGUAAUGUGUUUCCUUGGGUCAAUCUUCUCCUCUAUUCAUUCCUACCGUUUGGGAUCUUACUAGUGUUCAACUCACUCAUUGUCGUGUCACUGGUGCGUAAUAAAGGCAUCUUCAGCAACAUGACCAAAGAGGACCGUAUCACUCGCUAUCGGCAUCGCCGUUUAGCCAUUACUUUACUGGCAAUAUCCUUUGUGUGGAUAGUCACCACUCUUCCGCGCUCUAUGUAUGGACUCUUCAAGGGCAAAGCAGGGAACAUGGAUGAGGUAGGAAACCAAGUUCUCGGCAAAGUGAUCUGCUUCAUCUUCAUGUACAUAAAUCAUUCUAUUAAUUUCUUUUUGUACUGUCUGACUGGCCAACGGUUCCGCAUGGAAUUUGUCAAGUUUAUGUGUCGUUGGAAACAGGGCAAGAGCCCUCCAAAGGCAAGGCUGACCUUCAAGUCGAGUGUGAGUGUAGGGUCAGGUCAGGAAACAACAAGUUCCUUGCCCCUCAUGAUCACACCCUCUCGUGAAACUGGACCCUUUGAUUGA